AGUAUUGGCAUGUUAGUGCAUUGAUGAAUUGAUGCUUGAAUGCCUGACUCCUAUCCAUGUUUGCAGCAAUGUAUUGAGCAGCAUCAUGCACUUAUGCUUCAGAUUUUCAACACUGAAAACUCGGAGGAAGGAAUCGAAGAGGAGGCGGAGGAGGAUGGGAACGUUGUGGCCGGAACAUCGACAGGGGGGACAACUCCCUGUGGCUCCCACGCUAUUGGGUCCAAGGGUGUGAAGAGGCCUAAUUCUAGUGACAACCCAAACAGCAAGAAGAAAGCGGUCACCACUUCUAGUCUGUCUGACGUCUUGGCAAAGUUCCUGCAUGACACUGAGAAGGAGAAGAGCAGGGCACAAAAAGAAGUGGAAAACCUCGCCAAGGAGAGUCAACAACCGGUAGAUGAAAGGUUUGCAUGGAGUCAGUGGCUCACCUCGACUUGCUUUCGUGUCCCACCGGCCCACUUCUACCAGUACCAGAGGGAGACCUUCGAAACGACCAUGCGCUGGCUACCUAACGAACCAGCGGCACUGCCGGGGAGACCAAUGCCAGGCCCCCCAGUCUUGGCGCCACUACGGCACUACACUCCUCACCAAGGAUAUACUCCACUGCAGCCGCCGACACAGCACAACACACCCGACUUUGCUCAACUGCAUGGAGAAGAUCAACAGCAUUCUGUAAUGGGCUGGAUGCCUGCUGUCCCGCAGGCCAGACAGACAGAGGACCACCCUGCAGGGACCUAG